AGAUGCGAAGUCAAAAGUUGUAGUCAAUAACAGUUGAGUUUGGGAACAAAUGAACUGUAAAGAAAUAUCACUCCUGAAAAUGAGAUCUCUCGUAGUUAAUAUCUUGUUCAUUUCAUCAGUUGGAGAACAACAGUGACCAAUAAUUAACUCUGUACCUGCGACAGCAAUGAAGAUGGAGACGAUGCCAGCUUCGCUCAACUCAGCCUUGAGUGAUAACACCAUUUCGGUUACCGCGCGGUUCUGCAACGCCAGAGAGAAGUACGAGGUGACGAUCCCAUCGAACAUGACUGUGGAGCAGCUUAAGCGGCUGCUGGUGGGGCGCUUUGUAACUCCAGCGGCAGCCGUGGCCAAUCAGCUGCCCCAGAUGCCUGCUGAUCAGAUGUAUCGCACACCCACUGAUCAUAUGUACCAUAUUCCCGCUGAUCAGCUGAACUUGACGCCCGCUGAACAGCAGACUCCUCAGUACCUGCUGCUUCACGCUGACCAGCGCCGCAAGUUGGCAGACGAAUCGUCGCUAGCACAGGAGGAUGUUCGCAGUGGAGCAAAUCUGUUGCUACUUGAGCGGCCGCAGCAAGUGUCUCAGGCAACUCGCCGCCUCAUCCAGCCCGACGACAGCCUGGACGCGCUGCGCAGGCAGGCAGAGGAACAAGGCCUCAUGACGGAGUACCUGGUCGGAGGUCCUCCUUCUGAAGACGAGAUCCGGCGGGCCACGGCAGACGUGCCCUACGAACCUAGAGUUGCCAGCACCAACACCUGUAGCUGCAGAACUCUGGAGGUGCACGGGAAGCACCUGUUGCUGAGGCGUAUCCUGCUUGGUAUGGCACACUGCAGCCUCCGCCAUCUGGGAGACGCGCGCAGUACGCAGGACGCGUUCCUGGCCAUCCUUGACAAGCUCGAGCGCCGCCACCGCAGCAGCAUGAAGCCUGACAGCAUCAAGAAGCUCAAGGACAUGGGAUUUAGUGAAGCUAAAGCCGUCAUCGCUCUAAAGUUCAAGAGUUCCGUGGAGGAGGCGGCCGGCUGGCUCACCGACAACGACCCUCACAAGCACCUGCCGUCCACGGCGCCCUUCGUUGAUCUCACCGACGCUGACGACCCUGUCGAGGUGCUCAUGCCGCGCUUCUGGCACUUCAGGAGGACUUUCUUUGUGCCUCACACAGCGUCGUAUGAGCGGCUGGUGGGGCGCGGCUUCUCCAGCACGCGCGUCUUCGAUGCGCUCAUGCAGGCAGAGAACGACGAGACGCUCGCCCGAGAUGUGCUAGAGGAGGAGCGUAAGCACAACUGUGACCUGCUGUACACGCCUCCCCCGCCCCACCACCCUAUCAUGGCCAGCAUCAUGGCCGCCUCCGUCGUCCAGGUCGCCCUCCAGAAGCCCAAAGUUCUGUACGCGUUGCUGGCGUUGUGCUCUAACCCUAGCAACGCUAACUUGUGGCUCAGCGACCCCGACACCACGGGCGUUAUCAACCUCAUCCUGAAGCUGUACCACGAGGAGCGCUACAACAUUGACUGCUGCCACGACUUGUCUAACCCGUCUUCUUGCUGAAUUGUUUUUGUUAUCUGGGCAGGGUGGGCACUGGGCAGGGUGGCCCAGUGGUUAAAGUUCAGAGUACCAAGAUU